CUCCACUCCAUUCCAUCCAUCUCCAGUUCUCCACAACCCAAGAAGGCAAGAAACUCCCGCAGCCAUGGCCACCACCGCGUCAACCCUCCUCAAGUCCUCCUUCGCCGGCGCCCGGCUCCCGUCCGCCCCGCGCGCGCCGUCCUCCGUCGUCGUGGCCGCCCCGCGCGCCGGCCCCAUCUGCGCCUCCAUCUCCUCCACCCCCUCCAACCCGCCCUACGACCUCACGUCCUUCCGGUUCAGCCCCAUCAAGGAGUCCAUCGUCUCCCGCGAGAUGACCCGCCGGUACAUGACCGACAUGAUCACCUACGCCGACACCGACGUCGUCAUCGUCGGCGCCGGCUCCGCGGGGCUCUCCUGCGCGUACGAGCUCUCCAAGGACCCCUCCAUCAGCAUCGCCAUCGUCGAGCAGUCCGUCUCCCCCGGCGGCGGCGCCUGGCUCGGCGGCCAGCUCUUCUCCGCCAUGGUGGUGCGCAAGCCGGCGCACCUCUUCCUCGACGAGCUCGGCAUCGCGUACGACGAGGCCGAGGACUACGUGGUCAUCAAGCACGCCGCGCUCUUCACCUCCACCGUCAUGAGCCGCCUCCUCGCGCGCCCCAACGUGAAGCUCUUCAACGCUGUCGCCGUCGAGGACCUCAUCGUCAAGCAGGGCCGCGUCGGCGGCGUGGUCACCAACUGGGCGCUGGUGUCCAUGAACCACGACACGCAGUCGUGCAUGGACCCCAACGUGAUGGAGGCCAAGAUCGUGGUGAGCUCCUGCGGCCACGACGGGCCGUUCGGGGCCACCGGCGUCAAGAGGCUGCAGGACAUCGGCAUGAUCAGCGCCGUGCCCGGGAUGAAGGCCCUCGACAUGAACACCGCCGAGGACGAGAUCGUCCGCCUCACGCGUGAGGUCGUGCCAGGCAUGAUCGUCACCGGCAUGGAGGUCGCCGAGAUCGACGGCGCCCCGAGAAUGGGCCCGACGUUCGGCGCCAUGAUGAUCUCCGGGCAGAAGGCGGCGCACCUGGCGCUGAAGGCGCUGGGCAGGCCCAACGCCAUCGACGGGACGGCCCAGACGGUGCCGCAGGUGUGGCGCGAGGAGUUCGUGAUAGCGUCCAAGGACGACGAGGUCGUGGACGCGUGAGCAGGGGAAGGCGUUGGAAACAGGGGAUGCGCGUCGGGUGGAGCGAUUUGAGGGAUUUCAGCGUUUCUUUGGGACCUUUGCCCUGUUGAAUUUAGCUUUGCCUCGCUAGUGUCGUGUUUCAUAGCACUGCCAACUGCCAUGCCGUGCCACCGUGUGCUCUGUCUCGUGGGGCCACCACUCUGUGGGGCCCUUCUGGCAGCAUCGAAUGAAUAAAAGAGAAAUUGAGAAAAUGGAAUAAAUUGUCAAUUUCCAUGUUGGUGUGGUA